AUGCAUAGCGUCCCCGUGAAAAAUUCGCCGCCGCCAGAUCUGGCGAGCGCGGCGCUAGCGGCGCAUCAGGAUGUCGUUCAGGUUCUAAAGACGACUAAGUUUGUGAACGUCGCGAAUUUAAACGAGUACCUAAGUUCCGCGUCCGGCCCUAACUGUCGCGUGGUGGUCCAGCCAGUUGAGGCGGGUUCCGCGAUCGCAGAGCAGCUCGACCGCGCGUUGGAGGAGCUUCAGCAGCGCAAAGCCGUGUCUGCGAGUCCAGGAUCGACUACGCCCGGGUGCUCGAACGGACAGCAUGCAAACACGCCGGUUAACACCCCCGCCGCCACGCCCUCGCAUCUGCCGCAGCCAGCCUCCACUUCCGCGGUGGCGUCCGUUCAGACACUGCGUCAAGCACACUCCGAAGAGCUAACCAGGCCGGCAACGUUCAUGCAACAGCAGUACCGCGCCGCGGAAGUGCGAUCGGCCGAGAACUUGACUUCCGUAGCGUCAAGCCACCGCUGCGUCGUGUCUUCGUCGACCUCCCAAAGCGAGGCGGCGCAGGACCCGAACUCUGACCUCAAGGGGCGCGUUUCGUCAUUGUUAAUGCAGCUUAAGAGCGUGAAUUUGGUUCCUAGCACCCCUGAGGCUAGGUCAGAGGCGGACGGUGCGCAGCGCACCACCGUGGACUCGUACUCGUCCUUCUCCGAUUUCAACGUUAAGAACGCGGGAGCGCAUAAUGAUGGAGAGACUACGAAAGCUAACUCCGAAGAACCCGUGAUGCGCAUUGAAACCAAGCCUAACCCCGCCGUGUUAGUGUUGAAGUCCCCCGUCGCAGCCCAACCCGUGGCUGAGGAGGAAUCGAAGUCGCCAUCUCAGGGCUGCCGCGAGGCGUGUCAGGAAACCAAUACACUAUCUUCAACGCUCUUGUGCCAAAAUUCGGCCACGUGUACGUAUAGGGAAAAUCCCAACGUGGAGUCCACGCUCGGUCCCCAGCAGCGUGACUGCGCCCAGCGGCCCGUGCAGCAGCAGGGGCCUGCGGAGGACCCAAUGUCCGCCCUUGCCGCGAGCAUGCAAAAACAAGCAGCAGUGAGGGCCAGUGGCGAUGUCUUCAAUGAAGAGAAAAGCGAAAGCAGAGUUGUGAGGAGGUUCAACGUGCCGGUGCGCAAUGCCCCCGCGAAGCCCGUGGAAGAGCCCAGGGACAACAUGCUACGUGGUUUAAACGUGCAAGCACCAACUUCUAACAUGAAACCCCAGCGGUCUGUGGACUCGUCGAUGCAGUACAUGCCCAGGCAGCGCACGCAACGCGUUAACCACGUGCGCAAGGUGGGCCCGCGCAGGAAGGCCGUGGUGGUCGGGUGCAGCUACUACGGCGACCCCGAGGCGUGCCUGCGUGGCCCGUGCAACGACGCGAUGCUGUUCGCGUCCACGCUGGUGACCCACAUGGGCUACGACCCUGACGACGUGUUGCUGCUGAUCGACACGGAGCCUGCGGAUAUCUACACCCGUCAGCUGGUUGCGAUGUCGUCGAGGCCGAACCCUUCGCUGUCAUCGCGCCGCAACUCCAUGGAGCGCCGCAAAACUGGCGUCAUUGGCGGGCUACUGGGAGGGCUGAUCGAGGACGUGUUCAAGGGCGUGGUGGCCGACAGCGACCUGGACGUCCCCGAGAUGCUGAUGCUCGACUCGCCGGGCGCCGCGAUCGACGAGUCCAACCGACCGUCGCGCGCCAACAUUCUAAAGGCACUGCGUUGGCUGGUCAGCGGCACUCGCCCCGGCGACUGCGGGGUGUUUUACUUCUCCGGCCACUCCGUCCAGACCGACGACAUGAGCGGCUGGGAAGGUGAGGGCUACGACGAGGCUAUUGUACCGUGCGACUACAUGUCUUUCGGCGACCCUUCUCGUGGCGUGAUCCCUGCGGCCCAGCUGCGUCAGGUGAUCCAGUCGGUGGACAAGCGGUGCCAGAUGACCAUCGUCCUGGACACGGUGGGCAUGCAGACGGCGCUCGACCCUGCCGGCCGCAGCGGCCCGUGGCGCUACAUCAAAGGCGCCAUGCUGCGCGGCAUCUGGCCGCUUACCGACGCCACCGGCAAGAUGCAGCGCGCUUGCUACGACGCCGAUGUGUGGCGCGACGUGCACAUGCAACAGCAGCUGGUGCGGCCGAAGUUCCUGCCGAUGCUGCAAGUGGACUGCGCCGCGGCGUUGCUGGACGGUUUCAUCUCGUCCAACACCGGCGCCGUGUCGUCUAACUCGCUGUGCCUCGCCGCUGCGCCGUUUCAGGAUGUUGCCGUCGAGGCGCUGUUCCGCCCGGUGUCGCUGAGCGGGAUGCCGCUCGCGCCGAGCAUCUACCAAGGGUGCGAGCAGGUGGUGUGCCACGGCGUUUUCACGUACUGCCUCGUGGCCACGCUACUGAAAGACCGUGCGUCGAAGCGUGGCGGCAUCACCGUGCGUGAGAUAAUUUCGGGCAUUCAGCGUCGGUGCAAGUACCUGCGUUCGACGCGUUUGCCGAAGCUGAGCCAGGCGUGUGAGGCCACCGUGCACCCCGCCGGCGUGGCGUCCGUGGACGACUUCUUCUUGUCCCCCUGGGGCGGCCGCGUGCUCAUCGACCGCCACCGGAAUAUCGCCGUGGAGCAUCCUCUGAAGGCCCUCAGCGCGGGGCUGGGCGCGUUCCUGACGCUGCCGGAGGCGUGGAUGCAGCUGCACAACGAGGGUCGCAUGCGCGCCGUGGAGCAGAGGGAGAAGUUCGGGCGUAUGCGCAGCGCCGUGGUGAACGGAAGCCGCAUGGUGACGGAGGACCUGCGCCAGAUGCUGCUGCAGCAACAGCAGGCGCAGCACGGGUACGUGUCGCGCGUGCCGAGCAACACUGUGAUGCUGGGCCACGUGCCUCAGCAGCAGCGCGUGGACGCGGGCAACAGCUGGUACGGCAAGGUGUCCGCCGCCCAGAGCCCGCAGCAGAGGCGGUCGCCCGAGUUCGACCCGCGCCAUGCGCUCUACCAGCCGCAGUGCCAGCAGCAACGCCAGCAGAUGCACGUGCUGCAGCAGCACAACCAUUACGAGCCGCAGUACCAGCAGUACGUGGUCCAUCCGUCCUUCAACAUGGCGGGCCACGCGCAGCGGUGCGCCGGCGCCGCUGCCAACAUGCCUCUCGGGAUGACGUUCCCCGGCGCGUACCACGCGCAACAGUACCAGGAGUCCGAGGAGUACUUCGAGGCUUCACCUCCCCAGUUCGGCGCGUGCCAGCAGGCGCCUACCGCGCCCUUCAUGCACUUCGUUGCUCCGCAGGCGGCGCAGAAGCACGAGCCCAGGCGGAGGUCGUACCAUUGUCGCAGCAGCACUUCGACGAUGCCGGACAUGGGCUGCCAGUCGCGCCCCGCCGUCGUGCGCCACAACACCGGCUCGUGCCACCGCGGCAACAUCAAGCUGGCGGAGCACCUGACGAGCUCGUUCGUGGCCCAGCUGCCCACCGCGCAGCACUACUUUUAA